ACACGUCCCCAAGAAGGUCAAGAUGCCGCUCGAAUCGACCAUGAUUUGCUUGGACAACUCGGAAUGGAUGCGCAAUGGGGACUACAUUCCCUCGCGUCUCGAGGCGCAGCAUGACGCCGCCAACUUGUUGUGCGGAACCAAGACGCAGGCUAAUCCGGAGAGUACCGUCGGUGUUCUGGCCAUGGCCGGCAAGAGUGUUCAGGUGCUAGCGUCUCCGACGGACAAUAUGGGAACGCUACUGAGUGCUAUCCAUCGCGUCAAAAUCGGUGGCUCCAUGAAACUUGCCAAUGCCAUUCAAGUGGCGCAACUAGCACUUAAACACCGUCGUAACAAGACUGGCGGCCAGCGUGUCGUGGUAUUUAUCGGCUCGCCCAUUGAGGAAGACGAGAAGCAGCUCACCAAGAUCGGCAAACUGCUUAAGAAGAACAACAUUGCCGUGGACGUGGUGAGUAUGGGCGAUCUGGACGCCAAUGCGACCAAGCUGCAGGCCUUCGUGGAUGCCGCUAGCAGUAACAAUAACAGCCACCUCGUCACUGUACCAGCAGGCGUAUUGCCCUCGGAUGUGCUGGUGUCCUCGCCUGUGUUGCACGGAGACGACGGCGCUGCUGCUGCAGCUGCCAGCAGUGGCGGAGGUGGCAACGACGCCUUUGCGGAAUAUGGCGGAGUGGAUCCGAGCAUGGACCCGGAACUGGCUCUGGCCCUUCGUGUGUCGAUGGAAGAGGAGCGUGCGCGACAGGAAGCGGCCCAGAAGCGCGCGGCCGAAGAGGAGGCCGCUGCAUCGGCGGCUGCUCCAGCGCUGGAGCCAGUUGCACCAGCCACGGAAGCGUCGUCGGCACCGGCGGAACCCUCGCAACCUACACAGUCGUCAGCACCCGCGACUGCAGCGGCUGCUUCGACUGACGCAUCGUCGCCUCCACCGGCACCGGCAUCGAACUUGCCGUUCAUGGACCCAAAGUUCGUCAACUCGUUGCUAUCCGGUCUGCCUGGUGUGGACCCGAACGACCCCAAGAUUCAGGCUGCGAUGGCGCAGAUGGCCAAGAAAGACGAGAAGAAGGAUGGAGAUGAGGAGAAGAAAGAGGAUAAGUAGAAGGUGAACGAACAGAUCGCGUGCCGCUAACGCACCGGUAGUCAAUCUCACAACGUAACUUGACUAACUUCUUGUCCAUCAUC